CUUAUAGCAGCUUGCUCAAACAGUGAGGCUUCAUUCUGAGGUCUGAGAUAGCAGGAAGCUUAAAAGCCUUGCUGAUUUUAAUCUUUAGAUGUUGGCUGUCAGGAUUUGUCUGUCCCUCGAGUACCUCUCUCUUCCUAUGCAAGCACAGCCUUGGAAUCUAGCUGUAAAAUAAUUUUUUUUUCCACUCUCCCACUGGGUGCAUUCACCGAAACUUGGUAGAGAGGGAUUGUGAUUGGGUCUCUUGUGAGGAUUAAGCACCCCUUCCAAUAGCCUGGGACGCCUCCUGUGUUACAGCAUCAGCCUUCAGGUCCAGGGAUUUGCUCUAAUAUGUUGGAUAAAGCCAAGACACUUCAGCCUGCCUAUGUUGGGAUUGUGCCGCUUGCAGAGACUGUGUCAAAGCAAGGGAAGAGCUGUUCAAGCACAUAUCAGGAUUCAUACCACAGCUUACGAGAAGUGCUGCAAUUGAAGCUCCAGCAGCGACGCACACGGGAGGAGCUGGUGAGCCAAGGGAUCAUGCCACCUCUGAAAAGUCCAGCUGCAUUUCACGAACAAAGAAGGAGCUUGGAACGGGCCAGGACAGAGGACUAUCUGAAACGGAAAAUCCGGUCCCGUCCAGAGAGAUCAGAGCUGGUUAGGAUGCACAUUCUGGAAGAGACCUCAGCUGAACCGUCCUUGCAGGCUAAGCAGCUGAAGUUAAAGAGAGCCAGGCUGGCAGAUGACCUCAAUGAGAAGAUAGCGCAGAGGCCAGGUCCCAUGGAGCUGGUGGAGAAGAACAUCUUGCCUGUGGAAUCAAGCCUGAAAGAAGCCAUUAUAGUUGGACAGGUGAACUACCCAAAGGUUGCAGACAAUUCCUCCUUUGAUGAGGACAGCAGUGAUGCCCUUUCCCCAGAACAGCCAGCCAGCCAUGAGUCCCAGGGGUCUGUCCCAUCACCAAUGGACUCCCGGAUUUGUGAGCCUCUCCCUAGCACCACUGGCACAUCGCAAGCUCAGGGCACAUCCCAAUUGCAGAUCAGUACAGACUCCAGUGAAACGCUUUUCCUACCUGAACAGCCACCCCCUCCUCUGCCACCUCCACCUCUUCUGUCUCCUAGUCUUACCAAUGGAGUGGCUCUUACUGCUGCCAAGCCACCACCAACACUCAUUAAGCAAAGCCAGCCCAAGUCUGCUAGUGAGAAGUCUCAGCGCAGUAAAAAAGCCAAGGAGUUGAAGCCGAAAGUCAAGAAGCUUAAAUAUCACCAGUAUAUUCCCCCACACCUAAAGCAGGACAAGGGAGCUCCUCCCAUGGAUUCAUCCUAUGCCAAAAUUCUCCAGCAGCAGCAGCUCUUUCUCCAGCUUCAGAUCCUCAACCAGCAGCAGCAGCAGCACUACAACUAUCAGACCAUCCUGCCAGCUCCACCAAAGCCUCCAGGAGAGCAGCAGGGUGGUGCCAGUGCCCCUGCUGUACGCAACCUCUCCACCACAGUCAGCAGCCCAUCUUCAGUGUCCUCUGGUUCCAGUGGCCUGAUGCGACAAAACAGUAAUGCUGCAGUGGGCAAGCCUGGCCCUCUCCCUGCCAACUUAGAUGAGAUGAAGGUAGCAGAGCUGAAGCAAGAGCUGAAGUUGAGAGCUUUGCCUGUGUCUGGCACAAAGACAGGGCUGAUAGAGCGUCUCAGAGCUUACGAAGAGCAGAAUGGAGCAGGCAGCCAAACGACCCCCACUCCCAAGCCAGGCACAGCUGCAAGGCUGAGCACAGGUCCAGCCCUGGUCACCACCAGCAUCACACCAGCAGAAGUGGUUGUGGCCACAGUCACCAGUGGAGGUGUGAUGAUCGGCAGCACGGGCUCGACUCCUCCUGUUUCUCCAACUCCUUCUGAGCGCUCACAGAUAGCACGGGGGGAUGAGAACUCGGCCACUGGAGACAUUGGAGAGAUGGUGACUUCACCCCUGACACAGCUCACCUUGCAGGCGUCUCCGGUGCAGUUCCUGGUGAAGGAAGAAAGCUCAACUGCCUCCUGCAGCGUAAAUGCGGCACGGUUGGAGCGGUGCGGGCACCGGUAACGCAGGGAUGCAGAAGUUAGGGACAAAGACCAGAUGCUGCAGGAGAAGGACAAGCAGAUCGAAGAGCUCACCCGCAUGCUGAAGCAGAAGCAGCAGCUGGUUGAGAUGCUGAGACUACAGCUAGAGCAGGAGAAGCGCUCUCAGCAGUCACUACCGGCCCCGGCGGCGGCAGGAGAAGGAGCAGCCCUUGCCUCCAACCCAGCGGCAUUUGGCACCCAGGUCAAGAGUGAGAACGGUUUCCCGAGUUGCCAGUCUGCAAAGCAAUCCAGUGGCCAAACAGACCAAUUCAGCCCCGCGCCAACCGCUAGCCAAAUGGACGCUAUCGAAUCCAAACCGGGGUGGCCAAAGAAAGCCGUGAUGGUGAAGCAGGAGGUGCCGGCCACCGAAGCGGAGCCGCCGUGCCAGUCCCACAGCCCGCGGCUUUUCCUCGGCCAGCAAGGGAGCGCCCUGAGCGACCUCAUCAAGGGCAACCCCUCCCCCACCCUCAUCACCGACUCCACAGGGACCCACAUCGUCCUCACCGUGACCAAGCAGAGCCCCGAGAGGCCAGGGCCUCUCGACCCCUGGAAGGCAGGGAGUAGCUGCCCAGCCUUGCAGAGAAUACAAUCGUCACCCACUAAAACUUCCAGCCAACCGCCAUGUCAGCUACCUGCAAGCAUCCCUGAGCAGCCCACGCAGCAGCAGCAGCAGCAGCCAGGAGGACUAAACCAAUCAGUCAGAAAGCCUUCAUCACAGCCCGGCUCUCCUGCUGUCCCUUCCCCAUCCCAGAUGGAGCUGGAGCAGAAACAGCACACGUCGCUUUUUGGGACUCCUCCACCUUCUCUCCCUGUUUCCUCAGUUGCAAUGAAAGAGCCACCAGGCUAUGAGGAGGCCAUGAAGCAACAGCCAAAGGCCCAGGAGAAUGGCUGUGCCAGCCAGCAGAUGGAUGACCUGUUUGACAUUCUGAUCGAAAGCGGAGAGAUUUCUGCUGAUUUCAAGGAUGAGUCGUCCCCCACUGGGAAAGAACCACCCGUGGCCCCAGCCUGCUCCUCACCACCCAGCAGCCACCAUUCCCCCGAGCUGGCAGUGCCGGUGUCCCUGGGGCAGCCGGUGCCCGUGGGUCGGCUGGAGGACUUCCUGGAGAGCAGCACCGGCCUCCCGCUGCUGACCGCAGGCCACGAUGGGCCAGAGCCCCUCUCCCUGAUCGACGACCUCCACAGUGAGAUGCUGAGCAGCUCGGCCAUCCUGGACCACCCGCCUUCACCUAUGGACACCUCGGAAUUGCACUUUGCUCACGAGCCGUCUGGGGGCAUAGCCCUGGAUCUGGCUGAGGCUAACUUGGACAGCAUGGACUGGCUGGAGCUGCCGGGGGGGCCUGUUAUGAGCCUGGCUCCUCUUAGCACUGCAGCUCCCAGCCUCUUUUCCACAGACUUCCUUGAUGGACACGACCUGCAGCUGCACUGGGAUUCUUGCUUGUAACUCUGUGAGCAGAGACUGAAGGGAACGGGAGUGGGAGGGCAGGGGCAUGCAGGGGGGGAAGAGGCCGGUUAACCAAAAAAGAAAGAAGAAAACCAGAAACUAGCUCCUAGGAUUUGCACUCAUCCCCGAGCAGUGUCCUUCCUGCACGACACCAAGCAGUGGUGGCCAGGGCAGGCCCACUGCUCCAGUCACCACUGACUGGGCAGGGAGAAUGGCUGCUGGGGGUGGGGGGGGUUAAAAGAGGCUGCAGGAGCUCUGGAGCUGGUGGCCUUCUGCCCCCUCAGUGCAGCUCGGGUGAGAGCAGAGCCAGCAGCAGCGAUGAUGGCAGCACAGGGGGUACAGUGCCACCGGGCACGUUGCCUCACGCCAGGACGUGGCACGACUGGGCCUGAGAUGCUUCCAGGAGCAGCAAUCCCAUGCCUUGAUGGGACUGGGAAAUAAAGGGGGUCGUGCUUCUCUGGCACAGGUGAUUUAGAGGUUGCAGAAGGGGAUUCUACCUCUGGAGCAGGCGGCAAAGUUGGGAGUGCUGCCCUCUGCCCCACCCGCCCUCUGUCAGGGCAGGGUCUGAUCUGCUGCUGGGCUGUGAAGAGCUGGGCAGAACAGGCACCUUUUCUGUGUGUAGCCAAAGGGAACCGGGGUUCCCCACCAACCUGGUAAUGGCUAAGCUGGUUUCCCAAAUAUCUCUGAGCUUGGCAGAGGCCCAGCUGCUUGCCUCACUCACUUUGGGCUGCAAAACAGGUUUUUAAGGUGCUAAAAAUCCAGGUCUUUCUAUGUUAAAUCUGUCCUUUGCUGUGCCCUAGACCUCUGGCUGUGCCUGGAGUCUCGCCCUCAGGCUCCCUUCUGUCCCCCCCAGCUUCCACAGCCCGUGUGACAUCCCCAGGUGAGCAGAGCCGUCAGUCAGUCUCUGGUGGGAGUUAGAGACAAGACAUUGUCCGCCUGUCCCUGUGUGAGGGGGCCUGCAUGAGGGGGCCUCCGUGAGGGGCACAGAUAGCAAGGAGAAACAUAUCAUUAGGGGCCAUGUGCAAUCUGUCUCCUGCCUUCAGCUGUGCUGCUGCCUCCCUGUAGCAGGUGCCCCGGUGGAAAGAAGCAGCUGGGGAUGUCAGACCCAACAAGCGUCACCACAAACAGGGUUGCGUGGCACAACGGGUUUCCUAGCACAGUAGGGUGAGUGGUGAGGGCCCCUUUUGGGAGAGAGGUGGGACCCUUGGAAACGUCAUUGGCAGCUGACCUCUGUUCUUCCUUCCCUCCUGGGCCCAAGGGGUAAGAGGUAAAAGCAAGGGGCUGCUUUCUGUCAGCUGUCGUCCUGGGUCAGGCAGCUGCUGCCUUGCAGGGCUCCAGUCUGGUGUCUCGGGGUAGCUGCUGAGUGACAAAUGGGCACAUGGGGACCCCAAGCCCACAGAGCCAUGGCAAUGCUUUUUGUUGUGCAGGGUUUUAUGUCGAAAACCCAGGCCAGGGGUUCUCUCUCUGUCAUAAAUUCCUGUGUUUGUUAGUGGUAACUCACUGCCAUUAUUUAGCAGGUGAGACAUAGCCCAGCAAUGCCCCAUGGCACCGCCUCACCGCACGGCUCCGCUUCUCAGGCCAAGAACUGGUUCUGAGCUGCUGGGGAGGUGGGGGCAGCAGUUCACAAGGGCAGAGCUCUGAAAUCCAGGCAGUGGCUUUUGAAAUCCUACAGACUAAAGAGCUGCCCCUGCUCAAGGCAAUGGAAAGCCAAACUGCCCUCCUGCUCAUACCUCCUCGGUGCUGACCCAUUUUUCCUCUGCACUGGGCUGCCUACUGCGGAGGGGCAGAUGUGGGUGGGCACAUGCUCCUUCCCUGCCCCUUUGGUACUGCUGUUCCGUGGUGGGGCAGGUGAAGGCCAGACCUACACAACUGUUCUCUAUCAGCCACUAAACUGGCAUCCAGGUGGGGGGGGUUUAUGCCUGUUCUGCAGCUGGGAGAAACUCCUGCUUUCCUGAGCCCGAUUUGCUUGUUAACGGCAUGAGGAGCCACUUUCUUAAUCAUUUGUAGGGGAGCCUGCUGGCAGCUUCCUUUCUUUCUGCCCUGUCUCUCCCCUCUCCUCCUGGCCCCCCAACCCCCACAGUUUAAAGCAAGUUUUUUAUCUAUAUCUAAAGCAAGAGCCUUUUAUCUGCCUCCCUCAGUUUCCAGCUUGAAGAUGAUCCCCCCUUUCCCCACUCCCCUGCCUGCUUUCUGUUGCCCAAGCUACUGUGUCAUGUCCUAAAAAUCUGAAUAACUGGGACUGGUGUACAACUGCCCUCUUCUUCCCCCCAGUGCCACCCCCUGCCCUCCUGCGCUUCCUCCUGGUGCAUCCUUGCUCCACUUUGGUGGUUGUGUGGAUGGGGAGGAUCAUCAGCAAUCACCUUACAGAACUUCCAUUACCCCCUCAGUGCAGCUGCCCAGCCAUGGGGCCAGGUGGGCACAAGAGGCGAGUGGUUUCUGAGAAGGGAAGUUUCUGAGGGGGGGGGUGUGAGAGGAUCUUUCAAAAGCAAGAAAGAAGUAAGGCUGCCCCUUUGUCACACUCAGGCAAAAAAAAAUGACCUUAUUUUAGCCCAGAGUGUGCAGCAGCCCCUGCCAAAACCAGCUGUGUCAUUGCUUUUGUACAAAUAAUUGCAAGGCUGCAACCAGUAAAUAAAGAAUAAAAUUACUGCAGUGCAGUCACCUUCCAGAGGAAGGUGGGAGCAUUCCAGCUGCAGUCCUGGCCUGACUUAGCCAUGGUUCCUCUCACUGGUCAGGGCACCCCACUCUUUGGUGGCAGAUAGAGAUGCCAAUGCCUGUUACUGCUUUAGCCCUUCCCAGGGUUGAUGGUGAAAAGGCUGAGCUCACAGCCCCCACAUCUGUGAUCCUUCCUAGGAAUUUAAUUCCAUUAGAUUUGCUCAACAUACUUGAAAUUUGCCCUCAAGGAGCCCAGACGAUACA